CAGACUAACCACACAUUUCUGUUGCUUUGCACGGUAUUUCAUAAUUCAUUUCUGUUAUUGCUUGGACUAAUUUAGUGUAAAAAAGAAUUGUGUUUUUUCCAAAUUAGUAGCCGCUUCGUAUAAAAUUUGUAAACAAAUAAAUAAUAUCAAAUUGAAAAAAAAAAAAUGUUUUGCCGACAAAUUAUAUGUCAAUCGAUGAAUAAUCUUCGAUAUUAUUCGGUUGCAAAAAGCCCUUUGGCCGAACUACGAAAAAAGACCGGCUACUCACUUCUCAAUUGUAAAAAUGCAUUGGGAUUGCAUGGUAACGAUGUGGCGAAGGCCGAACAAUGGUUGAAAGAUCAAGCACAAGCGAUGGGCUGGGAAAAAGCGACCAAAUUGGAAGGACGUGAAACUGCACAAGGUCUCAUUGGAGUUGUUUUGCAGAAAAAUAUCGGUGCAUUGAUCGAAGUGAAUUGUGAAACAGAUUUUGUCGCUCGCAAUGAAAAAUUCCAACAAUUUGUCGAUUUAGCAUCGAAAUCAUGUUUGAAAUAUGUCAGUGAUUUGCCAGAAAGUGAUUUAAUUUCACGCACUGAAUUCCAGAGUGAAUCGUUGAAAAAUUUGGUCAGCAGCAACAAUAAAAAAUUGGCAGAUGAAAUGGCAUUGAUGAUCGGUAUGGUUGGCGAAAACGCAUCAUUCAAAAGAGCACUCUGCUUCAAAGUUCCACAAUCAAUACAGUUGAUCGGAAUGGCCUAUCCAUCGCAAACAAAUACCAUUGUAGCCGACAGUGAAGUACAUACCGGAAAUAUUGGAACCAUUUUGGGCAUUCGCAGCGAAACCGAAGUCACAGAUGAACUCAAGAAAAACUUGUGUCUUCAAGUGAUUGGAAGUAACCCGCUGAAAAUUGGCAACAAAGAAACAGAUAAACCAGCCGCUGAUUCAGAUGAUGAAAAAUGCUUGAUCUAUCAAGAGUAUGUAUUUGAUCCGUCAAUCAAAGUUGGACAAUUACUCGAAGAUCGACAAAUCGAAAUUAUUGACUAUCAACGAUUCGAAUGCGGUGAAAAAGUGGACAAUGAAGAAAAUGUUAGCGCUGCUUCAGCCAAAAAUUAAAAAUAUCAAAUAGCACUCAAUAUAAUAUUCGUUAAUAUGAAUCCUCUAUAAUAAAAAAGGGCAACUUAGUUGAUUUUUAUGGAA